GAAGAAGAAAGAUGAUGAUGAGAAUUGAGAAGAAGAGUCCAGACGAAGGAAACUAAGUGCGAAUUGGUAUUUCAUUCACAGGCAGCACCCACCCCAAACAAAAAUUAGAACUUCAAGUUCAUAGAUACAUCCCCUGCCUUGUUUCGCAUCCUCUCCAUAAACUAUACUCCGAUGAGAUGAAUUCUUCGCAGUUUAUGGACAAACAAAUAAUGGAUUUGACUUCUUCAUCAUCAACAACUCAAUCGCUGGCCCUGAGUUCUUCUCCAAAAAUAAUCAAUAGCAGCAGCAAAGACUUCAUUGAUCUAAUGAAUCAUCCUCCACCUCCUCCUCCGCAAGAUGAUUCACAAUCUCAUAUUAAUAAUAAUGAUCUCGAUGAUGGAAUUAAGAGGGAAGAGAUCGUUGCUAGCUAUGAUUUCCAGCCUAUUCGCCCUGUCUUCGAUCCCGUCGCCGCUGAUUCUAACUCUAUCUCCUCAUCCGCCUCUCCUCUCAGAAAUUAUGAUUCUCUGGACUCAAUGGAACCAGCGAAAGUCGUUAUGGAAAAGGAUCGGAGUGUUUUUGAUGCUGCUUCGAUUAUAUCUGAAAUUGAUAGAACAAUGAACAAAUUCUCUGAUAAUUUGCUGCAUGCUUUAGAAGGUGUUAGUGCUCGACUAACACAGUUGGAGAGCAGAACCAGACACCUCGAGAAUUCUGUAGAUGAUUUGAAACUGUCUGUUGGGAACAAUCAUGAGAGCACUCAAGGGAAUAUGAGACACCUCCACAACAUUCUCAGGGAGGUGCAAACAGGUGUACAGGUUUUAAAGGACAAGCAGGAAAUGCUGGAGUCUCAGCUGCAGCUCACUAAGUUGCAAGUGUCGAAGGCAGAUCAGCAACAAUUGGAAACUCAAUCCACUGGGCAAAUGGAUGCAGCGCAGCAAGGAGCAUCUGCUCCUCAAUCUCACCAACUUCCUCCCCUCACUUUUCCUCAAUCAGUCCCUUCUGUCUCUUUUCCUCCUUCUGUCCCUCCUCCUAUUCCCCAGCAGAACAUGUUACCUCCAGCUCCACUUUCAAAUCAGUUUCCACAGAACCAGAUUCCUCCCGUCCCUCAGCAAGACCCUUACUAUUCUCCACCUGGUCAACCUCAAGAACCACCAAAUCCCCAAUAUCAGGUACCAUCAUCCCAGCAGCUGCAGCCUUCUCCUGCAGCACCACCAAACCAACCAUAUCAUACACCUCAACCACAGUAUUCCCAGCCACCUCAGCCUCAUCAACCUCAACCUCCACUUGCUCGCCAUCCUGAAGAGACUCCUUUCAUCCCCCAUCAGAGCUACCCACCCAGCCUUCGCCCGCUAUCUACUCAGCCACCUAGUGGGGCUCCUCCUCAGCCAUAUUAUGGAUCUCCUUCCAAUAUGUAUGAACCACCAACUAGUAGACCCAGUUCAGGGUUUUCUGCUGGAUACGGGCCACCUUCUGGGUCUACUGAACCAUAUCCUUAUGGUGGAUCACCUUCUCAGUAUGGUAGCAGCCCCACAAUGAAACAGCAGCAACCUGUCAUGUCUCAGAGUGGUGGAAGUGGAUUUGCCCAGCUUCCAACUGCUCGGAUAUUACCACAGGCAUUGCCUACCGCUUCUGGGAUUGGUAGUGGGCCAGGCUCUUCUGGAACUGGGAACAGGGUUCCCCUUGAUGACGUGGUUGACAAAGUGACGAGCAUGGGAUUUCCAAGGGAACAUGUCGAAGCUACAGUGCGAAAGCUGACAGAGAAUGGCCAGUCAGUUGACCUGAAUAUAGUAUUGGAUAAGCUUAUGAAUGAUGGAGAUGUGCAGCCCCAGAGAGGAUGGUUUGGCCGGUAGCCUAUUUUUGCUUCGUACUGAUGUAUAGAAUUGUCAGUUGCUUUGCCUAGAAAGAUUAUAUACCUGGAGAACAGGGGGAUUUGUCCUGGGCUUCUUUGCUUUCUAUCCUUUCCCCCCCUAGUUGGUUGUUUUGAAGUCUGAUUCAUUCUUGCGUGUCUAGCUCUGAUUUGUGACUAGCCUCUUUUUAUCUCGGUUGUAUAAUUUGUGUGGCUAGUCAAGUUUUUCUUUCGUUGAGAUCAUACUGUCCAAACCUUUCUUUAACUUUAUAUUUUUUUUGAGAAUGAGUACCUCAAUUUUCAAUUCUGGAUUGAA